CAUUGACUCAUAGCAGGUGUGUUUACAUGUUUUGUAUAUAUACGUUUGCCACACCUUUCAACUUUAAUUAAUUUUAAUGUAAUUAAUAAAAAAACACUAUUUAAUUUUAAAUGUUUGUGCUUGAUUACAAAUAAAAUCAUGCAUUACGGCAAGAAAUCACCAAGUAUGGGUACCCCAUCAGUGUAUUCACACGUAACAAGUCGUUCAUCGGCAAAUUUACGUUCUUCACGUUCAGUAAAAUCAUUAAAAGUGCCUUGGUAUCGUAAACCAAUUCUACAGGAAUCGAUAUUUUUAGAUGUUCAAAGAUCUUCAUUGAUUACAGCUUUUUUCUCUUUGUUUGUAUCGUUAUUUACUAUUAUUGUUGCUAUUUUCGAUGUAUACUGUUAUUCAAUGGCGGCUCCUGGAUCUACUCAUUAUGGAUAUUAUAUUCUUUCAUACCAAUUUGUUUACGUUGGUAAUUCAAAUGUACGAAAUGCCUUAGUAAUGUUUGCCUUAUUCUCACUGGUUGGAGCUAUUGCAGUGUUUGUGACAAGUAUCAUGUUAGUUAUUGCAUUACGCAAAGAAUAUGAGAAAAAAAUGGUACCAUGGUUGAUUGCAUAUUUUGUGUUUAUAGUAUUCCGAUUUUUAGCAACAUUAUUCUUUUGCAUUGUGAAUGAUAUGAUAUUCGCGUAUAAUGUUUUUAUGGGUCUUAUUUGGUUUACUAUCAUUGCAUUCAGUGUUUAUGGUUGGCUAUUGGUUUAUUCGUUGUAUGUUGAAUUAAGUGAUUUGACAAAAUUGGAAGAUUUAGCACAUUUACGGAUGGGCACCAUGGCCUCGCUGAAUGCAUCGACGACGCAUUCCUUGGCGGGCUCUAGACCGACAACUCCGCACAGUACGGUAUCAACGAUGCCAGUUUAAAAACAAGUGUGUUCAUUACAAGAUAGUUUUUAAGAUAAAACUUAUAUAAUUAAUCCGUCCGUAUUUUAGUAUUUUUUUUAAACAAUAUUUUGAUAUUUGAAUAUAUUUA